AUGGACAGCGCCAAAAUCGUCAACAUCGUCAUUGCUCUUAUUCUCCCACCUCUUGCCGUUUUCCUCGCCAACGGUUGGGGCACCGAAUGCAUCAUCGACAUUGUUCUCACGAUUUGCGCGUACUUCCCCGGUAUGUUGUACGCCUUGUACGUCGUGCUAAAGAACUAG